CGCAGGGAGAGGGCAGGCCGCCCCCCGCGCCCGGCACCAUGUCCAACCUGAGUAAAGGGACGGGCAGCCGGAAGGACACCAAGAUGCGGAUCCGGGCCUUCCCGAUGACUAUGGAUGAAAAGUAUGUAAACAGCAUUUGGGAUCUUCUGAAAAAUGCAAUCCAAGAGAUCCAGCGUAAGAAUAACAGUGGUCUCAGCUUCGAGGAACUGUAUAGAAAUGCAUAUACGAUGGUUUUACAUAAACAUGGAGAAAAGCUCUACACUGGACUGAGAGAAGUUGUUACGGAGCAUCUCAUAAAUAAGGUGCGAGAAGAUGUACUAAAUUCAUUGAAUAACAACUUUCUUCAAACGCUAAAUCAAGCUUGGAAUGAUCAUCAGACAGCCAUGGUGAUGAUUAGAGACAUUCUAAUGUAUAUGGACCGAGUAUAUGUACAACAAAAUAACGUGGAGAAUGUCUACAAUUUGGGAUUAAUAAUUUUUCGAGAUCAAGUUGUACGUUAUGGGUGUAUUCGAGAUCACCUACGGCAAACUCUGUUGGACAUGAUUGCGAGAGAGCGAAAAGGAGAAGUCGUAGACAGAGGUGCAAUAAGAAAUGCUUGCCAGAUGUUAAUGAUUCUAGGUCUUGAAGGAAGAUCAGUCUAUGAAGAAGAUUUUGAAGCUCCUUUUUUGGAAAUGUCUGCAGAAUUCUUUCAGAUGGAAAGUCAGAAGUUUUUAGCUGAAAACAGUGCUUCAGUAUAUAUAAAGAAAGUAGAAGCUAGAAUUAAUGAAGAAAUAGAACGGGUGAUGCACUGCCUUGACAAAUCAACAGAAGAGCCAAUUGUGAAGGUGGUUGAGAGAGAGCUCAUUUCCAAGCAUAUGAAGACCAUAGUAGAAAUGGAGAAUUCUGGGCUAGUACAUAUGUUGAAAAAUGGAAAGACAGAAGACCUUGCUUGCAUGUACAAGUUAUUUAGCCGGGUGCCAAACGGUUUGAAAACAAUGUGUGAGUGUAUGAGCUCCUACCUGAGGGAACAAGGUAAAGCCCUCGUUUCUGAGGAAGGAGAGGGGAAAAAUCCUGUCGAUUAUAUCCAGGGGUUAUUGGAUCUGAAGAGUAGAUUUGAUCGCUUUCUUCAGGAAUCAUUCAACAAUGACCGGCUCUUCAAACAGACAAUUGCGGGUGACUUUGAGUAUUUUCUCAACCUCAACUCCAGGUCCCCAGAAUACCUCUCAUUAUUUAUUGACGAUAAGCUGAAAAAGGGAGUCAAAGGAUUAACAGAACAAGAAGUAGAGACAAUAUUGGAUAAAGCAAUGGUCCUAUUUAGGUUUAUGCAAGAGAAAGAUGUAUUUGAACGUUAUUAUAAACAACAUCUGGCUAGAAGACUUCUUACCAACAAAAGUGUUUCUGAUGACUCUGAGAAAAAUAUGAUAUCUAAAUUAAAGACUGAAUGUGGAUGUCAGUUCACAUCGAAACUGGAAGGAAUGUUCAGGGAUAUGAGCAUCUCAAACACAACUAUGGAUGAAUUCAGGCAACAUCUACAGUCAACAGGAGUGUCAUUAGGUGGUGUAGAUCUUACAGUGCGAGUCCUCACAACAGGAUAUUGGCCCACGCAGUCAGCUACACCAAAGUGCAACAUCCCACCAGCACCAAGACACGCUUUUGAGAUAUUUAGGAGAUUUUAUUUAGCCAAACACAGUGGUCGACAGCUGACACUCCAACAUCACAUGGGUUCUGCAGAUCUCAAUGCCACUUUUUAUGGACCAGUAAAAAAGGAAGACGGAUCAGAAGUUGGUGUUGGGGGAGCCCAAGUUACCGGUUCUAAUACAAGGAAACACAUCCUGCAGGUCUCCACUUUCCAGAUGACUAUACUCAUGCUCUUCAAUAACAGAGAAAAAUAUACAUUUGAGGAAAUUCAACAAGAGACCGAUAUUCCUGAAAGAGAGCUUGUUAGAGCCUUACAGUCUCUCGCGUGUGGUAAACCAACACAGCGGGUUCUCACUAAAGAGCCUAAGUCCAAGGAAAUAGAAAAUGGUCAUAUAUUUACGGUUAAUGAUCAGUUCACAUCCAAACUGCACAGAGUCAAGAUUCAAACAGUUGCUGCCAAACAAGGGGAAUCGGACCCAGAAAGAAAAGAAACAAGGCAGAAAGUAGAUGAUGACAGAAAACAUGAGAUCGAGGCUGCAAUAGUGAGGAUAAUGAAAUCUAGAAAGAAGAUGCAGCACAAUGUGUUAGUAGCAGAGGUAACUCAACAGCUGAAGGCCCGAUUCUUACCAAGUCCAGUUGUUAUUAAAAAACGUAUUGAAGGACUUAUUGAGAGAGAAUAUUUGGCACGAACACCUGAGGAUCGUAAAGUAUACACUUACGUAGCAUAAAAUGCGUUCAGCAAAUUGAUUUAUUCUUGGACUAUAAUCUUCGCAUGAACUGGGAAGUUCUUUUAAAUCAUUAAAUAUUAAGACGACCAUCUCUUCUAUUAAAUUACAGUACGUGUUCUAGACCAUUCAGAUCAAGCCUUUUACUCCCUUGAGAGUUUUCAACAUCACUUGAUUGAGCUUCAGGCUUUUCAACGUUACUCCUGUAAAGGUCAUCUUUACAGUUCCUCGGGAAAAUGUGAAUGUGCCGCGUUUGUUUUCAAUACUGUAUGAAAACAGGAAAAAAUAAAAACAAAUUUAGAAAAUACAGCUCAUUAAAAAAUAAAAAUUGUUGGAAUUUCAUUUCCCCAGGUCUUCAGUGUUGAUGUAAAUGUGUUUCUGUAGUGUUGCUUAGCACUUUGCGCAUUGUAUAACUUCUUUUUUCCUUUUUUUUUUUUUAAAAAAAAAAGGCUUAAAAAGACAGGAUUCACAAUUAUAUUGCUCUGCUUCAGAAACUUCUUAGCCAUAUUUAAUUUUCCAAUUAGAUAAAUGUUCAAACUUUCAAAAAGCCAAUUUUCGCAUGCUUCCCUCUUCCAGGUGCCACUGAUAUUCUAGGCAUAUGAUUUGGAACUCAAUUAUACUUCAGCAAUUUGGUUUCUUUCCUGAUGUAAUUUGAGUUCCUCCAAAUUAAGGGCGAUACUGAUUAGCUUUCUUCUGGAUGAUUUCUAGGAAAAAGGAAAAGAUUUUAGUGUGUAUAAAUUGUAUAAUAAUUUUGCUGUUGUACUCACUGCUGGUAGUGAAUUGUACAGGGCAUUGUUUUUAUUUCAUUUACUGUAGACAAAUUCAAAAUAAAUGGAUUUAGUGUACACAUACCCACUCAUUCAAGUGUGUCAGAGCACAAGGUUGGCAGUUCCCUAUACUUAAUUCUGCCUCUCUAAAAAGCACACCAGUCUAUAAUUAGUUCAUGAAUGUCUUUGGGGUUUUUUUUAGCAGUCAUAGAAUUUUUCCACCUUAAAUACAUCAUUUGAGAGGGAGAAAGUGAAGCAAGCCAUUGUGCAUUAUUAAUUUACUCUUUUUCAAUGCCAUCUAAAAAUGCAAUAAAUAAGAUGACUUUAA